UUCUGGAGCAUUUUUAAACACAAACAAUGAGGAUAAAACACAAGCUAUGAGGCAUCAGAGUUUUGUUUCCCUUCAGAGAGAACCAGUCCAUCAUGAAAACAAAGAGGAUGUUACCAGCCUUAGUGAAGAGAUGGUGCAACACAAACCAGACUCGAAACAGGAGCAAGAAGACUUUUUAGUGGUCCCCUCUGCUCCCUAUGAGCAUUCAAGUUCUGAUUAUAAUCAUCCUUUUGGCCUUCUAGUGAAGGAGCACACACCAAAGAAAACUGUGGAGGGCAUCAGUUUCCCAACAAUCAAAGAUUUCAGACAUUUUAUUGAAGCUAUGAAGAGCUCCUUCUUAACACCAGGAAGUGACCUGAGCAGACAUUUUCAAACUGCACGGGAAACAAUGAAGAUUGAGUUGACUUCUGGUGCUCAAAAUAUUAACGGAGAGUCUUCUACUAGGUCUGAUUCUGUAACAGAAGGAUCUGCCCAUGAUGACAACAGUAAAAAUGAAGUCUGGCGUGAACCUACAAAUACAGUGUUUGAACAGAGUGAACAAGAUGCCAACUACGAAAAGCCAAGAGAAAGCUUCUCUUUUCCUGAUCCUGUCGACUUCACCGCAAAUCUCAUUUCUCCUAGUGUUUAUGACAAUCAAGACUAUGGCCCUGUCUCUGCGCUCUACCCACGCCAUAAUUUUGCAGACACAGAUCAUGUCUUAAGUAAUUAUGGAAGUUUGGCCAAUGGUGGAAACCCUGGGGAAAACCCUGACAUUUUCACAAAUGCUCCUGAAGUGCAAAAUGAAGAUGUUCAGUCAACAAGCUACAUGCUCCCUGAACAAACAACCUCUGGCUCAUUCUUUGGAGGGGAUUUUUAUUACAGUAGCCAGGUGACUGCAUCCCCUGUCAACCCCCCAAACAGCCCAUCUCAACAAAUCGGCUAUUAUUUAAGUAAGACAUCCAGUGUAAAACCUCUAACCUCUGAGAAGAAUAUCCAACAACCAACAUAUUCAUCUCACAGUGGAGACUCUUUUACAGGGUAUCAAAAACCAUCAGGUGGCUUUGAAUUUGGUAACGAUUUCCAAAGAGAGGAACUACACAGAGUGACUCAAGCUGAUGUCCUGUCUCCCCAAAAGCCCCCAUCUUUGAAUUCCUAUAGUAAAAGUUUAUAUGUCAGUGCACCAAGAGGUCAACUCUACAUCCCAGAUAAUCUACCCAAACACAGGGAAAGACCAGCCCAAUCAGUUCAAACGUAUCAACCAACUGUUGACAAGGAAAAAAAGGAUGUAAACUACACUCCCACCAUGCACCUGCCUGUAUCUCAUGGUUCUACUAACAGCCAUGUGGGUGUUGUAGCAAGUGGCCCACAUGACCCUCAGCAUCAAGUGUUUAGCGGAAAGCAGCCUGUCAGAUCCCACCUAGUGUUUAUUAUGAAACCUUCAAGCGCUCUUCAUGACUCAAGCAGACAUGAUGGCUAUCUCAGAAACCAGAGUGAUUCUCGUCCAUCCAGCCUCAAUACCCAUGCAAAAAAUGAGGAGAUAUCUGACCUGUCCAAGCAGAAUCUAGUGUCUGCCAUUCAGGAGCCAGAACAAAUGAAUGACAAUACUCCCAUUCCCACUUCCAGUGUCUUAGAUUUAACCCAGAGUAUGAUCUCCUCUCAGGUCAGUGGAAGUUUUAACUCUCCAACUAACUUGGCUCCAACCUCAGAACCAAAGAAAGCCUUUUCAAGAUUAUUUGGCAAUGAAGUCAUGUCUAGGAACUUUGAAAUUAGGAAUAUAAUCUCUGAUGGGUUUCCAUCUAGUGAUACAUAUGGUGCCAGUAACCCCCUGGGCUCAUUUUCUACCCAACAAAGGCAAGGCAUUUCUCUAAAUGAUGUCUUUGCUACCAGAGCUGGCCUUCUACAGACCUUCUUACAACCAACCAAAGUACAGAAACGUCCAGCCAAAGUGAAUAAAGAGCCCAGCAACAUGGCCUACCACCCCCCUAAACCACUGUCAGCAUCCAAAGUGUCUGGUUCUGGUCUUAAUGGUGUCUUUUGGAGGAAUGGUGGCAACACGAAAAGACUUCCUCCUCAAACAGGCCCCAAUAUGUCACCACCAUCUGUAAACGCAUAUGUUAUAAAGUCCAGAAACGGCUAUGUACGGGGCAAAGUAUCUCUAUCAAAGACCUAUUAUACACCAUAUCGGCACGUUGAAGGUAACACUGCUAAAGACCAAUGGAAACCUGCCCCAGGAAAACAAAAAGCUCCACUUUAUCCCACGAUGUAAAAGGAUGUGAAGAACAGUGGGGAAGAAUCAACACAAAGAUGAAAUGGUCACAUCACUGGAUGUCAGCAAGUCCUGUUCCCUUUUGCAAAUAUGGGAUCUGUUUCCAUCCUCAACUGGGAGAAAAAUCAAGUUUCUAGUGUUCUCCACACAUCCAAUCUAAUUCGUAAAGGAAUUAAAUAUUAUAAAUAUU